AUGGUCAUUAGUGACCAAUGGUCUUCUUAUAAGGAAGAUGAUGUUGCAAAGGCUAAAUUUGUAAAAGAUACUUUGUUGGAUGAUAAAUGGUGGGAUAAGGUUGAUUAUAUUCUUUCUUUCACUAGCCCUAUUUAUGAUGUUCUUAGAAGAACUGAUACAGAAGCUUCAUCUCUCCAUCUAGUAUAUGAAAUGUGGGAUUCAAUGAUUGAAAAGGUAAAGAAUGCCAUAUAUCAAUAUGAGAGAAAAUAUUAUAGUCAUGAAUGGCUAAGUGAAGAUUCUAAUCGAGUUCCUCCACAUCAAGACUUGGAACUCACUCGUGAAAGAUUAAAAUGCUUCAAGAGGUUCUUUCUUGAUAUGGAUGUAAGGAGGAAAGUGAAUAUUGAGUUUGCCAACUUCUCGGAUGGAAGAGAAGGUUUUGAUGAUCUUGAUUCUUUAAAUGAUAGAGGUCAAAUGGAUCCAAAAGCUUGGUGGCUAGUUCAUGGCAUUAAUGCUCCAAUACUUCAAAAGGUUGCCCUUAAGCUACUUGCGCAACCUUGUUCAUCUUCAUGUUGUGAAAGGAAUUGGAGUACAUAUUCAUUCAUCCAUUCUUUAAAGAGAAACAAGAUGGCACCACAUAGAGCUGAAGAUUUAGUAUUUGUUCAUAGCAACUUACGACUUCUCUCAAGGAAUACUCCACAAUAUCAUCAAGAGGAAACUAAAAUGUGGGAUGUAGCCAGAGAUGAUUUUGGAUCACUUAAUGAUUGUGGUAUUCUUGAAAUUGCUAGUUUGUCUUUAGAUGAACCAGAGUUAGAAAGUGUCUUUUUCAAUGAUGAUUGCUAG